GUCCAAAAAAAGUGUAGACUGACGUGAAAAUGUCUAUUUUGCACAUUUAAAAGCUGCAUGGAGGUAUCUUUUUUUUUUUUUUUUUUUUUUUUAAAGGAGCCUUCGACACCGUACAAGGAUGACAACAACACGAUAGUGUUGGCAACAAGAUGAGGAUCCAGGGACAACCGGAGGGUGCAAGGAGGCGCCUGGAUUUAAGUGCGUCCGGCGAACUGCGGCGCGUGGAGGUCCACCGCGGGCGGACAGGCUACGGCUUCACCAUCACGGGACAGCGGCCGUGUUUGUUGAGCGGCAUCCUGGAGGGAAGUCCCGGCCACCUGGUGGGCCUCAAACAAGGCGACGGCAUCAUGGCGAUCAACGGCGCCGACGUGUCUAGCGCUUUGCACGAGACCGUGGUGCAGAUGGUCGGUCGCUGCAUCGGGCCGCUGCGGUUGGUCGUGCGUACCGAAGGCCGCGUCAUUGGGAACCCCAUCUUACACGAUGAAAAGUUUUUAAUAAGCCCCAAAAAGGCCGGCGUCCUCCGCGCCAUCUCGCAUGAUUCACCCAAUUCCGACAACUGGCGCCACGUGCUCGCUAGCAAGCAGAGGCCGCUGUCAGAACCAGAUAUGUCGCAGUGGUCCAAACGGCGGAGCGCCGAAACGCAGGAGCCAAAGAACGAGACCCGUUGUGACGGUGAGGAGGCGAAUCCAGACUGGAACAUUUUAAACAUGACCUUGGUGGUAGGCUACCUGAGCUCCACAGAGCUGAUUUUAAAUACGUCCCAAUCGGAGGACGACGGCUUGAAGGCCAUCCGAGAGCGAAUACGCCAGCUGGGCACGGAGCAGGAUACCCACACGCUGGUCCUUAUGAAGCUCACGUUUGACUGCGUCAGGCUUUGCGACGACAUGGGAGCCGUUCUGGCGGCCUUUCCCACCGAGAACCUAGUCCUAGGGGCUGCUUGUGCCGAGGAUCCUCGUUUUUUUUGCCUGGUGACCACCGCACACAUUAUCAACGGCUGUGUUCCACAAGACGGUCCGUUGAGGGCCUCCUGCCACGUUUUCUUCAUUGACCCAGAGUUGGGAAACCACAAGGAGCACGCAGGCAUUGCCGGCCGCUUCGGUUUCGACUGCAUCCCUGAUCCGGACACCUCGGGUUGCCUGGAAUUCCCGCUGGCUCCUCCAGAUGUCCUUCAUGUUGUCACGGUCCUCUAUAGCGACAUGGGGGACACGGUGGAGAGACUUCGAGUCAGACUGGACAUGGAGGCUCAGCAGCAAGCCAAGGAGACUAUCCGACAAGGUAGUAGUAACGGAGACAGCGGCAUUGACAACGCUUCGCCCCCUGAGGAGAGAGCCGCAAGGGAUUUCCCUUCCGUAAUCCGAAACCACCCCGGGGUCCUCCUCCCCACCUGUCCAUGGGAUAAUCCCGCAUCCCCAGACCGCACCUCAAGAAACUUCUACGAUAAUGGCCAAAGACAUCAUCCAGAGAACAGUGGCAGCACACACUCCCUUACAGAGUCGCUACCCGGGCCCGAUUCCCUCACCGGCUUUUACGGAGGACCCCCGCCUCGGCUCAAAUUCCAGUUCAAGCCCCCGCCUCCUCUAACCCCUUUGGGUAAAAAAAACAGCGUCUCGGCAGAGUCUCUCAGGGGCAGCCAGCGCUGGUUCUCCAGACCCAAGUGGCCCAAAUCCCUCAGUGGUGAUCCAGAGCCACGGGAGACAUGGAACCACGACAACGAACGGUUCGCUAGCAUCGGCCUCGGUGGCGGCACGCGGAACCUGCCGCCCCCCAUGAGCCAGAUUCCCUCAGACAGGUAUCGGUCUGCGGAGAUCCUUCUCAUGAUGCCCCCCAAAGAGGAAUGGACCCAAGCAUUCGUGGACAGGAAGAAUGAGCGUGGGAAAAAUGGCUCCAGGUUUUGGGGCUUGGGUGGGCUCCGUGCCUCCAAACGCCGCUCUUCGAAGCGUCUGAGCCUGGCCCGGUCCCUGGACGACCUUGAGUCGGCGGCUUCCUCGGACGGCGAUUACAGCGGCGUUCAGUUGCAGGGAUGCUGCAGCCACAGCAGCCUGAACAGUAACGGCAGUCUUCCGGGGGGGCACCGGGGGCUUCCGGAACAACGCGUGGCCAGCUGGGCCGCCUGCUUCGAGCGUCUUCUCCAGGACCCGGUGGCCGUCCGCUACUUCUCGGAAUUUCUCAAGAAAGAAUUUAGUGAGGAGAAUAUCUUGUUCUGGCAAGCCUGCGAAUACUUCAGUCAUGUUCCGGCGACUGACAAAAAACAGCUGUCCCAGAGAGCCGGCGAGAUCUACAACAGCUUCCUGUCGAGCAAGGCGACCAUGCCGGUCAACAUCGACAGCCAAGCUCAACUGGCCGACGACGUCCUCACGUCCCCGAGGCCGGACAUGUUCAAGACGCAGCAGCUACAGAUCUUCAACCUGAUGAAGUUUGACAGCUACUCCCGAUUCCUCAAGUCCUCCCUCUACCAGGAGUGCAUGCGUGCCGAGGUCAAUGGCCUACCCCUGCCGGAUCCCUACCAGAUCCCCUGCAGUCCAGCGCCAUCCAAACACAGCGCCAGCUCGGACCGCUCCACGCUUUCCACUCCCAAGAAGGACGCCAGGAAACAGCGAUCCGGGAGGUCGCUCAACGAGGAGAGCAGAGACGAGAGCGCCGACAAAAAACGUGGGAUUUUCUUCUCGUGGUCCCGCAAUAGGAGCUUUGGCAAGGGUCCGAAAAAGAAGGACAUUGGCGACAUUAACCUCGACUACUGGGGUAGUAAUGGCCGACGGGAGUCCCAGGGCUCCUUGUCUUCUAGUACCAGUCUGGAGAUGGCCACUUCCUGCUCGGUUGGCAAGAUAGAGUCGGACAAUCGGCACUCUGUGGGCGCGUGGGAGCGCUCCUCGAAACACUGCAGUGUGACGCUGCCCGACGGCUCCUGCUCCCCCAUCACCCUUCGUCCCGGCGCCUCCAUUCGGGAGGUCCUCCAAGUUCUGUGUCACAGCAUCAGUGUCAACGUGGCGGCGGUGGAUCUCUUCCUGGUGGGAGGCGAAAAGCCUUUAGUGUUGGAUCAAGACUGCAUGACCCUCAGCUCGCGAGAUCUGCGACUGGAGAAGAGGACCUUGUUUCGACUGGACCUGGUACCCAUUAACCGCUCAGUGGGGCUGAAAGCCAAACCCACCAAGCCGGUCGCUGAAGUCUUACGCCCCGUGGUGGCCAAAUACGGCCUCCUACUCACUGAUCUGGUGGUGAAAAUAAGUGGCCAGACUGAACCUUUGGACUUGGGAGCCCCCAUAUCCAGUCUGGACGGCCUGCGCGUCGUGCUGGAGCGGACGGACCCGGCCUCAGCCAAAGACUCGUCCAAGAGCUCCUCCCUCAAAAGCCAACCGCCGACCAGGAGUCUCUCGGCAACAGGAGGUGAGCGGUCAACAACGCCAAAGGAGUUUUGCGGGCGAGCAGGUGGACCGGACUCGGCUCUCCCUGGCGAAAAGAGAAAACAGAAAAAGAUUAAUAUAGACGAAGCCGAAGAAUUCUUCGAGCUGCUGAGCCGGGCGCAGAGCACCCGGGCCAACGACCAGCGUGGACUACUGACCAAAGAAGACUUGGUGCUUCCUGAUUUCUUGCGUCUGGUGCCCCUUCCCGCUUCCUCGGACCCGGCCUCCUCCACGCCGGACUCUCUGAAACAAAGCCGCGAGAACGGCGCCCACCCUCGAGGACCGCUGGCCUCCGGCCUCCGCUCCGAGAGUCUGGACUCCUCCCUCGGACACUCAGGGGCCAGGCGGUGCCUGAUGCCCCCGUCUCGCCACUCGCCCUUCGGCUCCCACUUGUCCCCCAUCCCGCGGCCCCCCGACGCCCUGCCGAGUCUCCGCACCGUGGAGGAGGACGCCCACGCCGACCUGACCCUGGUGGGGGAGGGCGACAUUAACAGCCCCAACAGCACGCUGCUGCCCACGUCCCCGUCACCUUUGCUGUCCCUGGAGGGGAGUCUGCCCGAAGCAAACUUCACCCCGCCGCCGCCACCCUGCCCUCACCCUCAAGACGCAAAGUCCACUCCAGGCGUCAGCUGCGACACCAGAGCUCCUGGUGAGAAAGAAGCUUCCGUGAAGGAAGUGAUGGACGUGGAGGGGGUACACCUGGAGGAGGGCGCGCCACCCGACUCCCCCCAGGGGGAGGAGUCGGAGCUCAGCCUGAGCUUCCAGGGCUACGUCGCCGAGCUACGCCAUUGCCAGAGCCGGAUGAGGAACGCCCAGCAGACGCCUCACGGCGGAGCUCGCCCGGACGAGCCGGACUGUAAGGCGGACCUCUUUAAGGCCACCGUCGUCUAAUGGACCCCCGGCGGCCCCCCUCACCCGCCCAACCUCCAAUCCACUGCUGCACUUUGAAAACCCUGAGGGAAGGACUCAAACAACUGCAUGUACAAAGUUGUCAAUGCCUUCCCUCUAUUAAAUGAUGGAUAUUGUACAUUCCAAUUCUGGUGUACUCUGGUACUUUUCGUGGUAUUUUGUGUUUUUGGUAUCACUUGAAAUUUUAGUAAAAGCCAUGAAAAAUGACAGUUUCUAAUACAGCAUAUACUUUUUUGUGUGUUUGUAUCAGUUUCUCUUAUUUAAAAUGUCCCUCUGAGGACUUCAUCAGAACUCUAGUAAUUUUUGAAUUUGGAUUUGAAAAUUAUUUUUGGUUUUAUUUGAUACUUUCUGAUACUUUAAAGUAUUGUUUUUUUUUUUUUUUACAAAACAUAAUUAUUCCAUUUAAAACGAUACAUUUUUGACCAAAGUUCUUAAAUUAUUUUUUUUCUCAACCAUAUUUACUCAAAUAAAAUAUUUUUAUUUAACUUUUCCCCCCGGAAUAAAUUUUAAAAAAAAAUCUCAUUGUACUUGAAAUAUAAUUGAAAAUAAAAUAUUCCUUUUUUUAGGCUGAAUUUGGACAACAAAUGAUUUCCUCCUUUGUGCUUCCUGUGUUGAUUUAUGAUGGUUGAAUAUUUCCUGUACUUUCUGUUCCUGUGGUUGAAGUUGUCGAUUAAAAAAAACAAAAAUCUUC